UCAAGGACAUACCCGAGCUCUUCACCUGGCCUUUCUCGCCCUAGAGUAGUAGUAUCUCGAGGUCGAGGACAUACCUCAUUCACUUGCAUCUGCCCUUGAUCAAAGCAUGCCGGGCUUGGAUUUUUUCCAUUUCACAAAUCCUACCGAUUUCCAUCCCCACAACAACUGUCCAUCAUCAACCUGUUGAGGGAAGGAGCCAAUCUCAGACGGAUCCCCCAACAUGUCGAUGAACUCGAGGGCCUCCCCAAAGAGAAAGCGCGCCCAUUUCAGCAUCGUCGAGGACGAACUAUCACCUUCGCCACCUCGUGGAUGUCGAACCGUCUCUCCCCAUCAACCUCGUCAAGGAAUACUCCGGCCGAGUUCUGCCCAAAACAACAGGCCUGAGACGACUGGAGAGCACGCCGAGCGCCAGAAGGACACGUCCAAGUCUCCUAGCCAACCGCAAGAGAAACAGAAUACAUCCGCUAUCCCACCAUACAACGCGCCUACGCCCAUCCCCACUGCUGGACAGCAUCUGUUUGUCCAUCACGCGGGUGCUCCGCCGUUUUACUCCGCCUCUGGUCCCAUUGGCCAGGCACCCUACCCCGGCCAGCCCUACCUGUCACCUUCUGGCUAUUUCUCGCCCGGCACCCAACCCCAAACAUUCAUCACUCCGAACAACACCUUCUUUUCUCCCACCACGCCAAACAUGCCGUACGAAAAUAGUGUGCCGCCCAGCUUGGGUGUGCACUUCCAGCCACCGGUCCCUGAUACGACCAAUGGUCCUUUCCUCCAUCGUUAUGUUCCCCGACAUGAUGGAGUUUAUCUGCAUCCCCCCUACCCGGUGGGUGCACCUCUUUUUGCUCCUCGUCAGCCGCCUGUCACUUUUCAGCCAGUCCUCGUCUAUCAGAGCUAUCCGGUCUACGCCGCGAUUCCAGUUUGUCCGCAUGCUGGAGUUGGCGUUCCUGUCCAGGGCCCGGCGCCGUAUGUCACCGCACAGUUCCACCCCAUGAUGAUGCAGCCUAUCCAGCAGCCUGUCAUGAUGCCCGGUGGUGGUGGCAUGGUUCCCGGUACCCAUAUAGUCACCCAGCCUGUGACUGUUCAGGGCCCUCCAACUGUGGUAGCAGGUAACAUCCCUCCCCAGCCUAUGCCGGUGCAUUGCGAUCCUGUCCUGGGCGUCGGCCGUACCACGAGCGAGAUUUCGGAGGAGCAGAGGCAGUUUGCUGAAGCCAACAACCUCUUCCAACCACAGGAUUUUAAGCCGAGCGACGAUGACCCCUCUCGAUUCUACAUGGUGCGCGAGGUUGACGGAACCUGGACUCAACGGAACCGACUCACUAUCGAUUCUCUCGGCUGCAGAUGGUACCUCGCUGACGAGGGUUACUUCUACGCCGUCCGCCUCUCCGACUAAGUUGUGAAGGGGGAAUCCCUUUCCGUUUUUCCUUUUUCUCCGCAACUGGCGGAUUGUCACAUGGAAAGGGUAUCGCUUUGUUUUCGAGGGGAUCCAUGGUUCACAACGAUCACAAGUCUUCUUUCUUUUCAACGUUUC